CGGGUUUGCCGCGAAGUUGGACACCUGGCGGAGUGUCACACAGGUCUUGGACCCUCCUGUCUGUUUUCCCCUGUCCUGCAGCUCCUUCUUUUUCUGUUGCCGCAGGGACCUCGCGACUUCCCGCUUGGCCUGCCUGUGCGUGACCCUCGCACCGACUUCGGUGUAG